AUGCCUCCAGAAGAUUCUGGUGUUACAAAGUCUUCCUCCACAAUUGAAGAUUUGGAACAGAUGGACACGGAGAAUCAGUUCUGCAGUCCAACUGAAAUGGAGACAGUUGUCAACAGUGAGAGGUGUCAGAAACAUAGCCUGGUGUGUGCAACUGUCUCCCCCUUGGACAAGUGUCUCCAGUGUGUGGGACCUGUGUCCUCCCUCAAGUGGCUUGGCUAUAAAUGCAGAGACCCCCCACAAGAGAAUGUUUGUAAGGUGGAGGAGGACGGGGUUUUCAGUGACCAGCACCUGGAUAACCUGGAGAGGAGCUGCAGCCCGGACCAGGAGGAACCAGGGCAUCCACAGACUACAGAACUGGAGGAAGACUCCAGCGGUCAGGAGAUGAAGCAUGAGGACGUAGAGGUGGAUGUCUCAUUGGUCAAUGUCGCUGAUGUGAAAGUUGAAAAUGGUGAACCAGGACCAAACUGUGGCCAGCUGCUGUUGCACACUUCUCCUAAAGCUCAAAACAAAGAUGAGGAAGGGACUGAAAGUUUACGCUCAGACUCCAGUAAAACUGCAGAUCCGGAGCCAAUGAGACGACACGGUGACCACGAAGAUGCUGCUGUCCCGUCAGACAGCAACUGUAAAUCAAAGCUGACCAGGACCCACACGGGGAAGAAGGCGUUUUCUUGCAGCACUUGCAGGAAACAGUUCAGUAAAGGUUGUAAUUUAAUGGAUCACAUGAAGAUCCACACUGGUGAAAGGCCGUACCUGUGCAACACCUGCGGAAAAACCUUUACUACAUUAUCAAAUCUUAAACGGCACAUAACCACACACACGGGCGAGAAGCCCUACAUUUGCAAAACAUGUGGAAAAAGUUACACAGAUCGUUCCGGCCUGCUGGUUCACUCG